GCGCUGUCCACACGAGAGCGGGUUCUGGAACGCGCCGCUCACGCACACACACACGCACUCAGUCUUUUAAAACGGAAGGACGUUGAAUUAUAUUAUUUUAUUUUUUAAUGCAGAAUUCCUUUACCAACCAGCCUGAGGAGGGUAUUGAUUCGUAUUUACGCUGCAAUCGCAAAACUUAACAAUUUGACUAUUAAUAAUAUAAUUAUACAUUUUUAUAUACAUCUUCGUCCGGGACAAGAAGGUCGGAGCGCUCGCUCGUGCCAUGGCGCGUCACAAAAAGCGCGCGUUAUAUGUGUAAGAUGCGGCGUUUCGGUGCUCACGUGCAGACGCUCGCGCUGUCGGAGUUCCUGAGAGCGGCUUCUAUAGAAACUCGAUCUGAUGGGACGCUUGGAGUUCAAGAAACCAACACGGGACUGACGGAAGGAAGAAAUGCUCCGGUUUUGAAGGUGUAAAAAUAAAAACGGGAUUUUACGAUUUACAUCAUGGCUGAUUUUUCUUGACCGGUGCAUGCAUGCUUCCUGCUCGGAUUGUUUCAUCCACAAGGGUUUAUUGCACAACCACAACUACAACCAGAACCACGGACCUUCCUUAUGCAUUCGACCAGACAUUACUGUUGAGCUUAUUGUUGGCUGUAAUAUGAUGAUUUUUUCCUUUUUCAAGAAUUUUUCUGAAGAUCAAAUAACCACUUUUUUUUCUCUCUCUCCUUGGGGCGUCAUUUAAUUAACUCUUUGGCUGUUUUCAAGUUCCAUUUUUUAUUUUUAUGUUUAAAUUGAAAGUGUUGAAGAACCGACUGAACGGACUGAACAUUUCAAAUAAUAAUAAUAAUAAAAUAAUAAUUUAAAAAUCAAUCCAUUUUUUUUUGGUUUUGAACGUCACAUCGUUCACGUCGUUUAACGCGCCUGGAAGUGGCCGUGACCUCUGACCUAUGGAAAUUCACUGCAAGCACGACCCGUUCGCCGCGAUGCACCGGCACGGAGGGGUGAACCAGCUCGGAGGGGUGUUUGUAAACGGGAGGCCGCUGCCCGAUGUGGUAAGGCAGAGAAUUGUAGAGCUGGCUCACCAAGGCGUACGACCAUGUGAUAUUUCCCGCCAGCUUCGCGUCAGCCACGGCUGCGUCAGCAAGAUCCUGGGCAGGUACUAUGAGACGGGCAGCAUCAGGCCAGGCGUGAUCGGAGGAUCCAAACCAAAGGUUGCUACACCCAAAGUCGUCGACAAAAUCGCCGAUUACAAACGCCAAAACCCCACCAUGUUUGCCUGGGAGAUACGAGACCGACUACUGGCCGAGAGAGUGUGCGACAACGACAGCGUUCCCAGCGUCAGCUCAAUCAACAGGAUCAUUCGCACUAAAGUCCAGCAGCAGCCUGGCCAAUCAGGAAGCGUCUCUGCGCAUAAUUUAGUGUCCACCGUGGCGGUGACCCAGGUCUCGGCGGUAACCAGCGAAGCCGCAGGCUCGUCUUACUCCAUCAGCGGAAUUCUGGGAAUCAGCUCGGCGGCUGACGCUAGCAAGAGGAAGAGAGAUGAAAAUCUUCAGGACUCUUCGUUGGCGAAUGGCCACGCCCACCCAGGGCGGGACUUCCUGCGCAAGCAGAUGCGGGGAGAGCUUUUCACGCCGCAGCAGCUCGAGGUACUGGAGUGCGUGUUCGAUCCUGACAUUUUCCCCACCCCUGACACCAACAAGCCCGCCCAGACGGCUGAUUACUCGGCGAUGGCGUCUCUCGCUGGAGGACUAGAAGAGAUGAAGACCAGCCUGGCCAAUCAGACGGCGGCGGAUUUAGGCCCGAGCGUAGCGGGACCUCAGAGUUACCCGCUCGUGUCAGGUCGUGAUCUAGGCAGCACCACGCUUCCAGGUUACCCUCCUCACGUUCCCCCAGCUGGCCAGGGCAGCUACUCAACCCCGUCGCUCACAGGAAUGGUGCCCGGGGGCGAGUUCUCGGGCAGUCCUUAUUCCCACCCGCAGUACUCCACGUACAAUGAGUCAUGGAGGUUCGCCAACCCGAGUCUGUUGGUGUUCCAGCAGGAGUAUGGUUCUCUUCUAGGCUCAGAAAGAGCAGCUUCUUCAGGCCUUUUUCCCAGCCAGACCACACAGCCUGCAGGAUCUCCGUAUUACUACGGUGCAGCCACACGGGGUUCAGGACCUGCAGCUACAGCCACGGCCAGCGCCUACGACCGCCACUGAGAGCAGGGGGAAAAAAGAAGAGAAGGAAAGAGAGAAAGGAGAGCUACAUGGACUGAAGGAGAGGAAAGACAUUCGAAGAAAGAAAGAGAGAGAGAGAAAGAGAAGACUACAUCUGAAGCUUGGGUCCUUUUGCUUGUGCAGCCAUGCUGGUCCACACACACUCCACUCAUACACACCAUAAUCACCAGGAUCUCCACUAGUACAUUAGUAUUUUAAUCCCAUUACACUAGCUAGCACCUGUUUCUAAUUCUAGCAUCAAAUUAAUGAAACUGAGACGUAGACGACGAAUCAAAGCGAAUGAACUGCACAGAAUUGUCUUAUUUAUAAAAGGCGGAGCGUGGAAGCUCCUCCUCUCUUUCUCCGUGUAGAUAAAUGCUCUUUACUCGUGUACAAACAGCCCUGUACGUUAGUCAGAUUUAAAGCUAUUUAUGAUGGAGACAGAGUAAUAUAUAUAAAAUUAAAAAAACAACAAAUGUAUGUGUUAAAGUUUACCGCGGAUACAGGCGUCCAGGAGGAGACGCAUUUUAAAUCAUUUCAGCGUUGGGGGCAGUAAGAUUCCAGUGAUCCUAUAAGAGAAAUCCGGAGAACUUUUGUCAAAAAAAAAAAAAAAGCACAGUCAUUUUUAUGAAGCUGUUUCUGGAUAUAAGCCACCGUCAUUGGCUGAAAUAAAAGGCUUUGUAGGUAAUUAGGUAGCAUUACUUCUCUUAGUUUGUUUUUGUUUAUUUUUUAAAAACUGUAAUGAGGCUGUGAUGGUCUUAUGGCUUAUUUCAUCGCGAUGCGGAUAAGUAGGAAUAAGCCCUGGCCCGUGAAGGAACAGGAAGUUGAUAAGUGUUGAUAAGUCUAAGGUACGAAAUCUAAUCCUGUAGCACUUGUUAUAUUAAAACGUACGCUCGUCUUAUUAAUUAAACAAAACCAUGUUCCCCAUUAAGAGGGAACCCUGACAAUGACAAGCCUUCGUACCCGGAAAAAGCUUUUUUCCUGUUUUUCCUCCCCCCCGGAGAACGUGCUGUCAGUCUCCUGAACCUCCCCAGAGAUCCGCUUCACGACAGUAAGCACAGAGACAAAUCAUUCAGCGUUUUAUGUUCUUCCCUCUCUCUCUCUCUCUCUCUCUCUUUCUCUUUCGCGCUUUUCCCCCCUCUCCGAGUGCUCGUUCUUUCGUUCUGCGCCGAGACAAUGCAUGAAUACCGUGGUGAAGGCCUUAGCGGACUCAAACGCAACCUGUACAUAGCGCCAUCGCGACAAAAAAAAACAAAACGUCCCCAUCGAAGAUGUUAUGGUACGGCGAUCGUUUUACUGCCACGCAAGCUUUUUUGGAUCCCAGUAUUCGUCUAUAUCUAACUUUAGAUUCUAGUCCAUGAGGAAAGAACCGUGUUCUUUAUUUAGCUAUCGUUCGUGGUGCGUGUGUGUGUGUGUGUGUUUUUUUUUGUUUUCUUUAUUUCCUUCUCGUUUUUUGGAUACGCCGUGGAUUUCCGAGUAGCUUUUUAACGAGUUGAGAACAUUUCAGUAGGUUUAGUAGUCACGAACACCAAAACUUUUGACGUGAAAUGUGGAAAAAAAGAAUACUAUAUCUAUGAAUAUACAAUAUAUAUAAAUAUAUAUAAAGACUGAUAGUUUUGACUUUUUUAUGUUCCUGAACUGUAACGUAGCAUUAGAAAUACCUUCCUUUGUAAACCUUAAGUUGCGCGUGACGCAACUCUAAAGAAACCCUUGAUGCCGCUCGCCACGACGUUCCCGGCGACCUUUGAACCUUUUUAGGCAUUACGAGGCAUUAUGAACCUGAAGUACACCAGCUGUAAAAAAUCGAGGACAGUGCCUUUACUUUUUCUAUCGAGUCAUCCCGAAUGACCACGCGUCACUAAAAUACGAACACAAGGUCAUAGGACCCCGCCAAUCACCAGAUCCAGCAGUGCCACCUGACCGACCGGACGUGUGUUUCAGGCUGAAGGAAACGAAUGCAGAUCUUUUAAAUCAGAGAGACACAUUAAUCAAUCAAUGAAUCAAUAAAUCAAUCAAUGAAUCAAUCACCCGAACACACGGAUUAAACCAAACGAACCAGGGCAGGUAGAAAUGUCUAGCGUCCUAUAACACUGUGGUGUUUUCACGAAAAAAACCUGGACAAAUUCGAAGUAGCUAUUUUGUUGACUUUUAUAUAUAAUAAGUAACUUUGGACCGGAACGUGUCCUUGUAAUUGAACCUUUUGGUAACAUGAAUUCUUACGAUUUUAGGAAUUUCAGCGAGAUGUUUUCCAGACGUCGCUUGAUUUCAUUAUGCGGACAGGUAGUGUAUAAAGUUAACCCCGCCCCCUUUCUGCAAACUGAAUCACGUCGGUUGUCUUAUGAAGUAAGACAAAAAAUAGAUGAAAAAAUUGCGAGAAUUUGUGCAAGAGAUGGUGAUGAUGUAUUUAGUUUUUUUGUAUCGACGUCGGUUUCGGGACUGAAUGGAAUGAAGAAAAUGAAAUGUACGGAAUUUUUUUAAACCUUUGUAACCUUUGUAAUGUGUAAUCAAUUCAUACAAUUUAAUUUUAAAUACUCCUUACACAUGACACAAAACUAAAUCCAUUGCCUUAAACACGGCGUUCUUGCGUAAUAACCGUCCCUCUGACCGUAGACGCGUUGCCUUGCCAUCAGUUUGAUCCCACUGCUUAAACCCGGGGAUCCUCCCAGUGCUCCCAUUGGCUCAGAGGACGAUGAUUGACAGUUCUGGCGCUGAACAGUAACACAAAGCCGGCUUUAACCGGUAUGGUUCCUGCCCUUCCCGUCAGCCCCUUUCAAACACGUACUGUACACACAUGUAGUCCUUUUGUCCUCUGGUGGGUUGUGAACACGCACCCCUCCCCAUCCCUCCCUCCCCACGGGGACGCUCUAAACCUGCUGUGCCAUCAAAACCCGACGUCCACAUUCUCGCCUUCUCUCCAUUCCUCUUUUUCCUCUUAAUCUCAUCAGUCCCUCCUAACCCACUUCUUCAGGAUUAAACCUAUUACAACUAUUGGAUUUGUUGCAAAUCGAUCAGUUUUUCCUGAAGAGAGAGAACGAUUUCGGGAUGAGACGAUAAUUUCAUCACUUCUCAGAAGGGAAUCUCUUUCCAUAUUGCAUGCAGCACUUCUUUUGAGCACAGCAUUAUUGUCAUGUCAUAUCUUAUGUCAUGUCAUAUCUUAAUACUUUACCCAUGAUGUGUGUCUAAAGAUAGAGUGAUGCGGCGGUUGCGGCGGUGCCGUCUCGUGGGUCACUAACUAGCCUGCGACCGAGUCGUGUAGCUGCAUUGCAUUCUGGGUCCAACGUUUACAUCGCGGCUUCUACAUUGGUUUGUUUUUUAUUAAUACGAUGUCGAACGUUGUAAGAGUAAGUUCAUGGGAACCAUUAAGCAGCAAUUAAGCUCUGUCGUAAAGACAACAAGGUGACUUCAGGGUGGCGUGUGAACGCUAACUUCUCUUGAAGAUUGGUGGCUGAAUCACAAAACACUCAUUUAAAGUGUUUCAAGGUGGAGUUUAAUCAUUUAAAGCUUGAACUAGCAUGAAAUGAUGACGUGAAGUUUUCAUACAACCUUUUUUUGUGAAAAAAGUGGGAUUUGCAUGUCCCAUGUUGAAGCGCGGCUACAGAAAUCCCUUCCCUCCUUUACAUCAGGUUUGUCGCGAGGUUUGGAUUCUGGAAGUCAAACUCAGCAAACCGGGAGCAAACUUUCGUCAAAGAUUCGACUAGUAUCCCAUAAUCCCAUGCAGAAUCCAUAAAAAAAGAGGGCUUGGGUUUUUUAAAAAUAAAAACAAAUGUAUAAAAACCUUUUCUACCCAGUCUAACAAUUUCACGCUGUCGCUAAUCAGUUUAUAAGGCUUCCUGGCAAAAUAACCCGACUAAAAUCGACUGACCUUAUCGUGGCCUUCUGUGUACAAUCCGAAGUUUCAUCUGUAAUUAUCUUAAUUUCCUAAUAGACCCUCCUUUCUCCUUUCCUGUUGGAUUGAUACAAAAUUUUUGUACUGAUUUUUUGAAAUAAAUAAUAAUAAUAAUAAAAAAAAAUCUUAAUAAAGACUCACGAUGGGAGACGCUCUGAAAGCAUGGCAAUCGGUUCGAAACAACAUGAAAUUUAAAACAAACAACCCUCAGUGUAGAAACAUAUCUGUAGCGCCCACCAAAGCUAGAGAUACCCAUUUAAACAAAAAGAGAGAGAAAAGAUAAGAAAAGAAAAAUUGACAUCCCAUCAUAAUAUGAAGGAAUUUGAAACUAAGAAUCGCUUCAUUAAGAAAUGUGUAUGUUUUUUAUUGAAUUUUCUAGUAGUUACGAAGAACAAAUCUGUUUUGUUUGUUUGUUUUGUUUAGUUUUUUUCCCCUCUGCGUGCUGUGUGUCGUCUUAAUAUUUGAAUGUAUUUACUGCGGUACAAAAUUUGCCAAAGAUAUCAUAUCACGUGUUUUGUUGUUAAUUCUUUAUGCUUCUAAGUUUUUUUUGUUUUUUUCAAGUCAGGCCAUGAACUGGAAAUAAUUGUUACUGAUUAUAUGUUUUUUUGUUUGUUCGUUCGUUUGUUUGUUUGUUUGAAAUGAGUUUGGUAUUGCUAAUGUUAUGAUUAUUCUAAUUAUUCGAAGAUUCAGGGUUAUUUUAUGUUCGAUUUAAAUUCUCUGGCAUUCGUCCUGAGCCCUGAAAUCAGUCCAGGGUUAAAUAGGCUACUACGUGUACGUGCAGACGAGUGAGUGUUUGUUUGUGCAUUAUCGAUUUAUGUACCUGUAAUGUGAAAUGAAAAAGUAAUUAUUUGUAAAUAUUUGACAUAAUUUUAUUGGUUCAUCGGAAUAAAGGUAAUUUUUUUAAGUUCACAAGUUCAUGCAUUUUGCUUGUACAGUUUCUCUGUAGUGAUAUUUAUUCCUGCAUUUUUUUGUUUUUGUGAAAUACCAAGUGGAUGUAUGAAUGGAUGAGUUUUAGCUACGAUAUUUAGCUACAACGAUAAAGAGGAUAAAGUUACCUAACGAGAUUCUGUAAAGUGCAAAUUGCAGGGAGUAAAUGAAACAAGCAGGAAAACAAAAAUGUACUUACAUUUUUUUUCAAAAUUAUUUUAAAAACCAUCAUUGCAAAUGGAAAGUAAUUAAAGAAAACUUA